AUGAGCAAACUCAGAAAGCUCAGCUCUCCACCCAGUACCAAUGCUAGUCCCAUAAAAUCCGUUACAACCUCGAAUGGCGCAGGAGUGAAUGUGCGACAUGCCUCUGGAAUCCAACAACCUACUCUCGAAUCUCUGGAGCCGCUGACGGCCAAGGAGCAGUAUUGGGCCACUCGAGCGCUUCAGGCUGAGGCGCUGUUGAAGGUGAAGGAUAUGCACCAUAGGGAGGUCAAGACAAUGAGUUACUCGCAGGAUAUGAAGCGUUCGCGCGAAAUUCAACAGUUGCUCAAGCAGCAUGAAGCGAAACAUGCGUCGUUGGAGAAGCUAGUGCUCAUUCUCAUGGCCACUGUUAUCGUUCUCGUCCUGCUCAUCAUCUACCUGGCCAUUCACCACGCUCGGCACGCGUCCAAAGUUCAGAAAUCUUGGAUAUCAGGUCUACCGUCCCAUUUUACGAUACCUAUUUUGUCGCCUUUUACUUCUGUGGUUGAGAAGGAGACGUCGGUCUUUGGAACCAAAGCGAUAGCCAUUAUUGUUGUCGUCUCUGGGGCGGUUGUGUUCUUCACGUUCAGGCUAUGGUUCCAAUCUCGCCUUCAACCCCAACCUCACGUCAAGCUCAGCUAA